CUUGCAAAAUCGGAUACUACAAGGCUCUCUCGACAGAUGUUGCUUGUGCCAAAUGCCCGCCUCACAGCUACUCCAUCUGGGAAGGCUCUACCUCCUGCACCUGUGAUCGGGGCUUUUUCCGAGCUGAAAAUGAUGCUGCCUCCAUGCCCUGCACUCGCCCUCCGUCUGCUCCCCAGAACCUGAUUUCCAAUGUCAACGAGACAUCAGUGAACUUGGAGUGGAGUCCCCCCCAGAACAAAGGUGGUCGGGAAGACAUCUCCUACAACGUGGUAUGCAAGAGGUGUGGUGCCGGUGACCUCAGCCGCUGCCGGUCGUGUGGCAGCGGUGUGCACUUCAGCCCACAGCAGAACGGCUUGCAAACCACCAAAGUCUCUAUCACUGACCUCCUGGCACACACCAACUACACCUUUGAAGUCUGGGCGGUGAAUGGAGUGUCCAAGCAAAAUCCCAGCCAGGACCAAGCUGUGUCAGUCACUGUGACAACUAACCAAGCGGCUCCGUCCCCAAUUGCUUUAAUCCAGGCUAAAGAGAUAACAAGGCACAGCGUUGCCUUGGCUUGGCUGGAACCUGACAGGCCAAAUGGAGUCAUCUUGGAGUAUGAAGUCAAAUACUAUGAAAAGGACCAAAAUGAGCGCAGCUACCGCAUUGUGAAGACAGCCUCCAGGAAUACUGACAUCAAAGGCUUGAACCCCCUGACUUCAUAUGUAUUUCACGUGCGGGCCAGGACAGCAGCAGGAUAUGGAGACUUCAGUGGACCGUUUGAGUUCACAACUAACACAGUUCCUUCCCCCAUCAUUGGCGAUGGUACCAAUCCCACAGUGCUUCUUGUUUCGGUGGCUGGCAGUGUUGUUCUUGUGGUCAUUCUCAUUGCAGCCUUUGUCAUCAGCAGGAGGCGCAGUAAGUACAGUAAGGCUAAGCAAGAGGCAGAUGAGGAGAAACAUUUGAACCAAGGUGUUAGAACAUAUGUGGAUCCCUUUACAUAUGAAGAUCCAAACCAAGCUGUGAGGGAAUUUGCCAAAGAAAUUGAUGCCUCCUGCAUAAAGAUUGAAAAAGUUAUUGGUGUGGGAGAAUUUGGUGAAGUAUGCAGUGGACGUCUCAAAGUACCAGGAAAAAGAGAGAUCUGUGUUGCUAUCAAGACUCUAAAAGCUGGUUACACUGAUAAACAGAGGAGAGACUUCCUGAGUGAGGCCAGCAUCAUGGGACAAUUUGACCACCCCAAUAUCAUCCACUUGGAAGGUGUAGUUACUAAAUGUAAACCGGUAAUGAUCAUAACUGAGUACAUGGAGAACGGCUCCUUGGAUGCCUUCCUCAGGAAGAAUGAUGGCAGAUUUACAGUCAUCCAGUUGGUGGGGAUGCUUCGUGGCAUUGGCUCAGGAAUGAAGUAUCUGUCUGACAUGAGCUAUGUGCAUCGGGAUCUAGCUGCUCGAAACAUACUAGUCAACAGCAACUUGGUCUGCAAAGUGUCUGACUUUGGCAUGUCCCGAGUCCUGGAGGAUGACCCCGAAGCAGCUUAUACCACACGGGGUGGCAAGAUCCCCAUCAGGUGGACUGCACCAGAGGCAAUUGCCUACCGUAAAUUUACAUCAGCUAGUGAUGUGUGGAGCUAUGGCAUCGUCAUGUGGGAAGUUAUGUCCUAUGGAGAAAGACCUUACUGGGAUAUGUCCAAUCAAGAUGUUAUUAAAGCCAUUGAAGAAGGGUAUCGGCUGCCACCCCCGAUGGACUGUCCCAUUGCUCUCCAUCAGCUGAUGUUAGACUGCUGGCAGAAGGAACGCAGUGACAGGCCUAAAUUUGGACAGAUCGUCAACAUGUUGGACAAACUCAUCCGCAACCCCAACAGCUUGAAGAGGACGGGCAGCGAGAGCUCCAGACCUAGCACAGCCCUGCUGGAUCCCAGCUCCCCGGAGUUCUCGGCGGUUGUUUCUGUCGGUGACUGGCUAAAAGCCAUUAAAAUGGAGCGAUACAAGGAUAACUUCACAGCUGCUGGCUAUACCACCCUAGAGGCCGUGGUGCAUAUGAACCAGGAUGACCUGGCAAGGAUCGGGAUCACUGCCAUCGCGCACCAGAACAAGAUCCUGAGCAGCGUUCAAGCAAUGCGCACCCAAAUGCAACAGAUGCACGGCAGGAUGGUUCCCGUCUGAGCCAGUACUGAAUAAACUCAAAACUCUUGAAAUUAGUUUACCUCAUCCAUGCACUUUAAUUGAAGAACUGCACUUUUUUUACUUCGUCUCCUCGCCCGUCGAAAUAAAGAUCUGCAGCAUUGCUUGAUGUACAGAUUGCGGAAACCAAGUGUGUGUGUUGGGAGGGGGGCCUCCAGAAAUGACAAGCCGUCAUUUUAAACCAGACCUGGAACAAAUUGUUUCUUGGAACAUACUUCUCUGUUGAUCAACGAUAUGUAAAAUACAUGUAUCUAUAUAAAUAUAAAGUCACGUUCAAGUUUUGAUGCUAUGUUUGCUGCCAGAUACUGUGCUUGAAAAACAAAAACAAAAUUACUUUCCUUCUCCCUAUGACCUGUAGGAUUACAACCAUAGUGUUUUCUUUGUGGGUGAAACCACUGUUGUGCAUCUUUCACUGGAAUGAAGAUCUGCCCUAGGAUAUUUUUUGCAGACUUGAUGCAUCACUAAUACCUUGCAGAAACCUCAGUGAGAAUAUCAUUUGGCUAAUCAGUGCCUGCCGAUUAGCGAUCUACCCGUUUAUGGGCUUGAGACAUGAAACGACCCACCUCGUGGAUUACUGGGCAAAACUGGACUUCUGGGGAGAUUAUUGGCUGUUGUUGUGCAGUACUGAAGCCUACCACUUAAAGACGUUUUGUGAACAUCUUGCCAGUAGUCAGCUGUGACAAUCGUGGCUGUGGAGCUUUCAGACUUCUUUUCUCUUUCAAUAAGUGAUUCCCUUCACCACACAGAGAAGGGAAAUUAAAUUUUGCUUUCACGACCUCAUAGCUCGUCCUGUUGAUCAUGUUGACCAUGGAGGAACACAGACUGGACUUGAAGCCUUCUGGAUCCA